AUGUCUGAACAUAACGAAGAGAAGAAGUGUUCCUGUCUAUCCUUCGAACAACUGAAAUCUUGUGCGGUUGAAAAGACCAACUACGUCAUUGCCAGGGCUCAGACGCUUGCUGUCAAGUUGUAUCGUGAGUUGCAGAACCCUGUCGUUCUGGUGAACGUUAUCCUUGGUUCAUCGGUGGUGGUGACUUUGUUGCAGAGUUACGCCAAGUAUGAGCACAGGUUCUUGCAGGGCAAGUCCGACGGACAGAUCCUGGCUACUGCUGGUGCCGCUGCUGCUAUCCUGACCUUGGAUGGCUUCUUGUCCCAGAAGUACUACAAGAAGUUUGACAAGCAAUAA